AUGGACCCAGUCUCAUUGAGUGCCUCAGCUGCGGCGCUUAUCACUAUCUUUGUUCAAGCUGUGAAGGUCUUAAAGCAGACAAUCGAGACUAUUCGGAAUGCUAAGAGCUUCCUUCUAAGGCUCUUGAGCCAAACGGAACGCAUCCGCAUUUUCCUGGAGCAACUUCGCGCCCUCACAGCACAGCUUGGGCCUCGAGCUGGCAUUCUUCUGAACUUCAAUGAUAGCGGCCCCAAAGAAACGAUCAACGAGCUUCAUGCUUUCGUUCAAAGUAUUGCUCAAACACCUGCGUUGAUCAGGAUCAAAGUACUGCUGAACCGAAGUGCCGCUGAUCAUUUGGUUGAGAGGCUUCAUCGUCACGAAGAAGAAAUUAUGCAGACGUUGUUAUCAGUUGCAGCGUCCGCAGCCGUUAGGACGGAGGACGAGAUCCGCCGAAUACGCGAAGAUGCGAUUCUUCAUUCUAGAAUCACGGCCCCUUUCAGCUCUGAAGCACCUGUUGCCGUUGACGCGCCUGACCUUCAAGCCGAUAACCUCAGGCCGAGAGUUUCAGGAAUGGGAAAUUCUGUGGUAGGCUCUGUGGAUAGUCAGAAAAAGUCUAGCAUACCAAGUCACUGGGAGCCGUCCAUGAAUGGCUUCUCUUCAUUGCAGAUCUCAGACACGCAGACACUGGCUGAAGAAGAAUAUGACGAUACAAUACCUCAGACCAACGAUCAGAGCCAUGUAUCACGAAUUCCGAAGGAAUCUCAAGAUUUUAUGCAAGACCACGACCCCGAGUCAGCCAUUUUUGAAGCAGAUUUAUUCAACAACGACGAGAGUAUAGAAGUAGAGCAGCUUAGUAAGCUCCCGGUCUGGUUUGGCGAUCUCUCACCUGUAGGUUUUGACAGAAGGUAUCUUGCGUUGAGAGAUAAACUUUCAGACGCGGCUUACUCCGGCCAAUUCGAGACACUGUUCCAAGUAUUAGCUGAUGUGGAACACGCCUAUGCGCAGUCAUGGGCAAACGCACCACGACUCAGCAGGACACCUCAGCAAGCGUCCGGAUGGAUCCCUCUUCAUCAAGCUGUCUACAUGGGAGCAUCCAAAGACCACAUCACCCGCCUAGUUCGGGAUUUUGGCUCUCUGCGUCUCCUCCGCACUGCCUGGACCAGCUCAUCCGAACUUCCGAAUCGUAACAUGACCGCGCUCGAGAUAGCUAUGGCAAUUGGACGCUGGGAACUCGUUGACGUGCUCAAUUCGGAAAUCCUUUACCCCAUUUCGCACCCCAUUCUCACGACAUUACAAAUACACUUCCAUAACCUCAUUCGCAGCAAUUUGUCUGCGCGUCCGAACGAGCUUGCCGCCCUGAGGCUCCCGGAUCUUCUAGUACUGACAGAGUUGGAACUUCCAAUGAUGUGGUUCCCCUUAAAAUCGGAGGGACCAACAAAAAGCCCGCGAAUGGAAAUGAGGGAUUCGGGUCCCGAUAUUCGAAAAGAGAGGGCUCGAGAAAGGGUCAGGGUGAGACCCGAUAUCUUAAGAUUGACUUUCCCUGAUGUUGGACCGUACUAA